AUGAUUGAAGAAAUCGAUUCAAUCUUGGGAAAUAAUCACGAUACGUUCACAUAUUUUAUGAUAGGUAAAUUGUAUUUUUGCGAAGCGGUAAUUAAAGAAGUAUUAAGGAUACAUUCAGUACACCCAUUAAUUUCAAGGGUGUUAAAUGAAAAAGAUAAUGUUGGUGGAUUUACAUGGAACCUUGGUCAAAUGUUUUAUAUCAAUCUGCAUGCUAUACAUAAUCACAAAUACGACUGGAAAAAUCCUGACGAGUUUAAUCCCGAAAGGUUUUUAUAUUUAGAAAAGGAAAAAGAAUUAAAUAAGAAGGAAUAUCACUUUAUCAAGGAAGAACUUGAAAGGAGAACUUUGUUCGCAUUUGGUAUGGGAUUAAGGUCUUGUCCUGCUAAAGAUUUGGCCAUGAUAAUGCUUAAAACCAUGGUGGUCAUUUUUUUGAGAAAGUAUGAUGUUAUUUUGGUGGACCAAGAAGAACUUCAAAUUAAUUAUGAAAACAUGUUAAAUGUUUGUGAAGAAUUAAAAGUCAAAAUCAGACCAAGGAAUCAUAAGUAG